UAUCUACAUGUUUAUAAAUCUAACUCCCUAGUUUUCCUCGUCAAUUGAUAUGUUAUUGUCACCAAUCUGGAAACAAUAUACAUUUAUUCAUAAUAUACACAUAAAUGUUAUAUAAACCAACAAAUUCGUGCUUUCAUGCAAUAAGUCACAUAUUUAUCACUUUGUAGCUACAAAUAACAAACAUGGCUACACCUUUUCUGCUUCUUCUUCUUCCUAUGAUCUUCUCAUCUAUUCUCCUUCUUACCAUCACCGUUACACAAUCCGAACCUUACUCCAAAACGAUGCCGUUUCAAGGAAAUAAGCCGGAUAAACUCACACACCUCCACUUCUACUUCCAUGACAUCAUCUCCGGUGACAAUCCCACCAGCAUGUUCACCGAGGGACCUGAGCUGAGCUCGAAGGAAGUGGGGAGAGCUCAGCGGUUGUACGCAUCGACGGACAUGAAAACGUUUGGCUUCUUCUCAAUGGUCUUUAACUUGGCGUUCACGGAAGGAGAGUUAAACGGCAGCACCGCUGCGAUGUAUGGACGGAAUCCGAUACUGCUGGAGGAGAGAGAGUUGCCAAUCAUCGGAGGUACCGGCGCUUUCAGGUUUGCUAGAGGCUAUGCACGACCAAAGACUUAUAAAGUUGUUAAUAUAGAUGCCGUGGUUGAGUAUAAUGUCUUCAUUUGGCAUUUCACUUUGCUCUUUUGUAUGUGUGCAUGUGUCGUUAAAUGUUUAAAAGGUUUAUCAAUUCUAUCAAAACUUUAG